GAUUUGUUGUGGUUUUGUUCUAGGAGGAAGAAGUUAGCUCGUUCGCUACUUGAGAUCUUAGCACAUAUUUGUUUAAACAGACCGUCCAGGUCGUCUAUAUUUGACUCGAUCUCAGCCUAAAUUAUAUUAAGCACUUAAUUUCGCUGAUCAGAUCUAUCUGGCUUCAGCACAAUGUUGCAAUAAGAUAAACACUGACCCACAACAAGGUGCAGCAUGCAACCCAUGAUAAAGAGACUGUGUGUUCCCCAUGGAUCCGGACCACGAUGUCUUUGAUCUUGUUCGCCUUUGUGGCUCGGGUCAGGGAUGGACUCCCCCUCUCAGCCUCGACCGACUUCCAACAUAAUCGAGAGCUGCAGGAGAGGAAGCAGCAGCUCCGGACCAUCAGUAAGGCUCUGGCCCGGUUUCCUGACCGAGCAGCAGUCCGAGGCCAGGAGCUCAAUAUUUACUUCGUCACAUCAGAUGGUGUUUCUUACAUGAGCGUGUGUCACAACAUCCUCCCUGCUGCCAAGGCUUUCUGCUUUCUGGAGGAUCUACGGUGGGAGUUCACAGCCUGUUACAAUCCUACAGCCGUUGCCUCGGCAGCCAGACCAUAUCCGUUUUUAGAAUUUGAUGGCAAUAUCCAGAAGCUGAAGCAACAGUAUGACCGAUGCGGCGGACCAACUCUGGAGAUCACUUUGACAGAAGUUCAGGAGGAGUUGGUGUUGCAUCCACCACACAUUCUAACUUUAGAAGAUGUGGAGUUAACAAACGGAGCGGCUAAUGGGCAUUUGGAGCCUGCUGCUGCUGCUGGCCAGAAUGUAAAACUUGAACGGGUGACAGCCCCAGGAAUACUAUCGCUUGUACUUAAUAUCAUGUGUGCGUCUUUGAACAUGAUUCGUGGAGUACAUCUUCUCGAGAACACAUUCCAGGAUGAUUAUGAAGGAAUGUGGAAUGUUGUGGCUUUCUUUCUGGCAUUUGUCUCCUGUGUGUUACAGUGCCACCUGUAUCUCUUCCACACUUGCCAAAAGACUGUCAAAGCUUUGGUUCUGCUGGGUGUGAUCGUCCUGUGCAACGUUUAUCUGCUCGGCUUCAGAAACGUCUGGCAGUUGCUUUUCCACAUUUCGGUUGCCUGUCUCUCCACCGUCCUCAUCCUCACCCGCAGACUCCAAGACAAACCAAAUGACUGUGGAGUCUGAGAAAAGUGAGAAUUCAGUCCUUCUCUUCCAACCUGCCCUUACCGGUGAGAAACAAUGAGCCAGGUUGGCUUUUAUUUAGUUUCUCUUCCAUGUCCCAGUAAUAGUAAUUUCUUGACAUCCUCAUUCAUUCCAAAUUUUGAGAGCCACAUUUCUUUACAACUUAAUUCCCAGCUCAUCUGGGGUCUUUCCAAACAGGUGGGUCAGAUCAUCUUUCUUGUGGUAAAAGUGAACACAUUAGGACAACAGUGUAGAGGCAGUUUUGGCUAGUUUAUUUUGGGGAAACUGAUCAGGGAGUUUAUAAUAUUCAUCAUGUUUGACCGGGAACAAUUUGAAAUGAAUACUACUGAGGUUCUGUAGUAUGGCUCUUGAAUGCACUGAUUUGAUGUUGAUUAUAUGAAGGAUGUGAACGCAUCCUUUCUUUAUACAUGUACGUGUAAAUGGCAUCAUUAUUUUAUUCCAUGUUCACUUAUUUCCAUUUGCCAGUCUUACAUCUCUUUAUUGGAAUCACUGGAUCAAAUUAUUGUUUGACCAGUUCAGAAGCAUAAGUCGUGUUUCAAUGGUUUUUAUCGAAGUUAGAGUUCAUUUUAAAAUGAAUAUGGACAUGAAAACAUCAGGACACAGAGUUGGGGUUUCUUGUUAAUUUUAAGCUCUUGGUUUAUUUAAUGGACUGAGGUGAAUAACCCAAUGGUCAGUUGUGUUAUACACACCUGUUUUCAAUUAUUACUAUUAUUUGUCCAUUCCGUGCAAUACAAGAGACAUAUUUUUGUAAGUGUAACAUCACCUAGUAUUUUAAAAAUGGUGGGUCUGCAAAGAAAACUAUUCCCCACACGUUUUACAAGGUUUGGACCAAUAUUGCUAUAGCCACAUUAAUAUUGAAUGAGUCUUUUUUUUGUGAUGAACGAGAAUAUAUUGAAGCAUCAAGACAGCAUUUUCCACCAUCCGUCACGAAGGACCAUAAUGAUAAAAUGAUGUUUGUGUUUAUUUAACUUCAACGAGGUAGCGUCUGAUUUUCUCUGAUAGAUGGCAGGAAAGGAAAAUGAAGUUAAGUUUGUGCAAUGGAAUAAGUCAUGUGACAGUCACUGCCAACAUUGGUGAUUAUGCUCUGAAGUGGGAAAUUUGAUAUUUGUUUGUUUAUAAAGACGCUUUCGUACUUUUUGUGUGUUUUUUGUCUUGGGGAAAAAAAGACCGAACGACGAGC